UUCAAAAUAAGUUAUAUCGAAAACCUUUAGUUUGAAACACCAAUUACGAUAAAUCAGCGGCUUUCAAAAACAUAACAACACGAUCGAUCGUUUAAAAAAAAAAAGAAUUUGAAUUUGAUGAAAAGUAUCUUAAUUAUUGUGACCCGGAAUUUUUUUUUUUUUUGGAAGAUUGUUGAAAUAUAAUCCCACAUUCUUUAUAGUGUGUUUGAACAAAACCUUGAGUGUUGUCCCAACUUAAAAAAAAAAUAAGGAAAAAAGAGAUAUAAACGAUCACUUGAAACUGGAUCGUUAAAAAAAUACAACAAAAAUUCAAGUUUUAUUUUUUUUUCAAUUUUGUUCCGUCUUUUUUAAUAAUACUUAGUGCGUUACUCUAAGUUAACAGGCUUUUUGCAUGUUGUCACUCUAAAAAAAGAAAACCAAUUUUAAAUUUAGUGAGUGUUGUACACGUACAAGUGUGUGUUUUUUGUUUGUAUUCGAUCAACAACAACAACAAUUUAUUAAUUUUUGAAAGCAGAGUAAACAAAGAAAAAAAAAACUAAGUCACAAUUUUGGAUAAUGUUUUCAUGAUGAAAGGAUUACUAAUUGUGGGACUAUUGCUCCUUAAUAUUGUAGUAGAGUCCCAAUCCGCUAGAGAUCGUUACAUACGAAAUAAUAAUAAUAAUGGUGAUGGAAAUGAGAGGCAUAGUGGAGGUGGCGGUGGAGGUCGAAAACGCCAACAACAACACAGACAACAACAAUUACAAUCGAGUAAACAAUAUCAAAUGCAAAGGAUUAGCAAUAACAAUUUGUCGAACGCACACACAAAUUCUGAGGAUAAUCACACCGAAUUCGUGAAGGGAAAAAUUUGUAUUGGAACUAAAGCUCGAUUAUCGGUGCCAUCGAACCGAGAACAUCACUAUAGGAAUUUAAGAGAUCGUUAUAACAAUUGUACGUAUGUGGAUGGUAAUUUAGAACUAACAUGGCUGCAAGAUCCAAAUUUUGAUUUGAGUUUUUUGGAGAAUAUCCGAGAAGUGACAGGGUAUAUUUUAAUUAGUCACGUGGAUGUGAAGAAUGUCGUUUUUCCAAGACUUCAAAUUAUUCGUGGACGAACACUCUUCAAACUGAACGUUCAAGAUGAAGAGUUUGCUUUGUUCGCAACUUACUCGAAAAUGUACACGUUGGAAAUGCCCCUGCUGAGGGAUAUUCUCGAAGGAUCUGUUGGCUUUUAUAACAAUUUCAAUCUUUGUCACAUCAAGACCAUCAAUUGGACAGAGAUUAUUUCAGGACCCAAAGAUAUCUAUCACUACGUUUAUAAUUUCACCUUGCCUGAGCGAGACUGCCCGAGAUGUCAUGAAUCUUGUCAAGAUGGUUGCUGGGGCGAAGGACCAAAGAACUGUCAGAAAUUCUCCAAAAUCAACUGUUCACCGCAGUGUGCUCAAGGACGAUGUUUCGGUCCAAGACCUCGAGAGUGCUGCCAUCUGUUCUGUGCCGGUGGCUGUACAGGUCCAACGCAGAAAGAGUGCAUAGCUUGCAAGAAUUUCUACGACGAAGGAAUUUGCAAGGAGGAAUGUCCUCCCAUGCAAAAAUACAACCCUACCAACUAUCUCUGGGAAUCUAACCCCGAAGGCAAAUAUGCCUAUGGAGCGACUUGUGUCAAAGACUGCCCCGAACAUCUGUUGAAAGACAGUGGAGCCUGCGUUCGAGUAUGCCCAUCAACCAAGAUGGCUAAGAAUGGAGAAUGUGUGCCGUGUAAUGGACCUUGCCCAAAAACCUGUCCCGGAAAAGAAAUUCUUGACUCUGGGAAUAUCGAAUCCUUCAAAGGCUGUACUGUAAUCGAAGGGUCUAUUAGGAUUCUUGAGCAAUCCUUUACCGGAUAUCAGUCGAUUCAUAAAAAUUACUCUCUAGGACCUCGUUACCUUUCCAUGCACCCAAAUCGUUUGGAAGUCUUUUCCACCGUUAAAGAAAUCACUGGAUAUCUUGAUAUUCAAGGCAUGCAUCCAGACUUUAAGAACUUAUCCUACUUUAGGAACCUCGAAGUCAUCCAUGGACGUCAAUUAAUGGAGAAUUACUUUGCCUCGCUAUCGAUUGUAGUCUCAUCAUUGGAGAGCUUAGAACUAAGGAAUUUGAAAAGGAUAAACUCAGGGGCUGUUGUGAUCCAGCAAAAUGAAAGAAUGUGUUUUGUCAAUGGAAUUGCCUGGGGGAAGAUCCUAAAGUCCUUAGACCAUGGAGUUGUGAUAGCCAAAAACCGAAAUGAGACUGAUUGUGAAAAAGACAAAAUGAUAUGUUCGGAUCAAUGUAACGAUGCCGGAUGUUGGGGAGCUGGAUCUGAUCAAUGUUUGGAGUGCAAGAAUUUCGGAUUCAAUGGAACUUGCAUUGCUGAUUGCAAAAAUAUUACAAAUGCCUAUCAAUUCGAUGCAAAAACUUGCAAGGAAUGCCAUCCGGAGUGUCGAACCUGCUCCGGACCUGGAGCCGAUCACUGUGAUGACUGUGUUCAUGUUCGGGAUGAACAUCGAUGUGUUACUGUUUGUCCGGAUAAUAAAUACUCUGAUUUUGGAAUCUGUAGGGAAUGCCAUGAGACUUGUGAAGGAUGUACGGGACCGAAAAAUACAGUCGGUCCGGGAGGUUGUAAUACCUGCGAUGUGGCAAUUAUUAAUAGUGACGCCACAGUGGAUAGAUGUCUCAAAAAGAAUGAAAAAUGCCCAGCGGGAUAUUACAGAGAGUAUGUGAAUCCUCAGGAACAAGGUAGCCUAAAGCCCCUAGCUGGCAAAGCAAUCUGUAGAAAAUGUCAUCCCCGUUGUGAAUUGUGUACCGGAUAUGGCUUCCAUGAGCAAGUUUGUUCCAAAUGUGCUGGUUACAAACGUGGGGAACAAUGCGAAGAUGAGUGUCCUCCAGAUUACUACGCAGAUGAGGCUUCCCGGGAAUGUAUCCAGUGUGAUCAGGAAUGUAAAGGCUGUAUUGGACCAGGCUCGGAAAACUGUAUAGCCUGUGUCAACUUUAAGGUUUUCAAUGAUGGUGAACCAACUGACAACUCAACUUCAUUCAACUGUACAAAGAAAUGCCCUGAAGACUUCUCACAUAUCGUCUAUCAGUCUUUUAAUGUGGGAACUUAUUGCUCAGCGAAUCCUCCUCAAAGAAUCACUAUGCUUGAUGCUGGACAUGAUAACUAUGUGGUAACCCUGAUAGCCUUUGGAACUUUGAUAAUGCUUCUGUGUACCCUAAGUGUCAUUACCUACGUUUGCCGUCAAAAGACAAAAGCCAAUAAAGAAGCUGUCAAAAUGACAAUGGUUCUAUCUGGUUGUGAAGAUUCCGAACCUUUAAGACCCACAAAUAUCGGUGCAAACCUAUCCAAACUGAGGAUUGUCAAAGAAGCCGAGCUUCGUAAAGGUGGAGUUUUAGGAAUGGGUGCUUUUGGUCGAGUCUUCAAAGGUGUUUGGGUGCCAGAAGGUGAGAAUGUCAAAAUUCCAGUUGCAAUUAAGGAACUUCUCAAGUCUUCCGGAGCUGAAUCGAGUGAAGAAUUUUUACGAGAAGCUUAUAUUAUGGCUUCGGUAGAACAUCCAAAUCUUUUAAAGCUUUUAGCUGUUUGUAUGACGUCACAAAUGAUGUUGAUCACUCAACUUAUGCCAUUGGGUUGCUUACUUGACUAUGUACGAAAUAACAAGGAUAAAAUCGGUUCAAAAGCUUUGUUGAAUUGGUCAACACAGAUUGCCAAGGGAAUGUCAUAUCUGGAAGAGAAAAGACUUGUUCAUCGAGACUUGGCAGCUAGGAAUGUCCUUGUUCAGACUCCAUCUUGUGUCAAGAUUACAGAUUUCGGUCUUGCGAAACUUUUAACAGGGGAUUCUAAUGAAUAUAAGGCUGCUGGAGGCAAAAUGCCAAUUAAAUGGCUUGCCUUAGAAUGUAUAAGGCAUCGAGUCUUUACAAGUAAGUCCGACGUUUGGGCCUUCGGAGUGACUAUUUGGGAAUUGCUGACUUUCGGUCAGAGGCCUCAUGAGAAUAUACCUGCCAAAGAUAUCCCCGAUUUGAUCGAAGUGGGUCUCAAGUUGGAACAACCUGAAAUCUGCUCGUUGGAUAUCUAUUGCACACUGCUCUCCUGUUGGCAUCUUGAUGCCGAAAUGCGACCAUCGUUCAAACAGUUGGUGAAUGUUUUCGCCGAGUUUGCACGUGAUCCCGGUCGGUAUUUGGUCAUUGCCGGAGACAAAUUCACCCGCCUACCAUCAUACACCAGUCAGGAUGAGAAGGAUCUCAUCCGCAAACUGGCGCCGACAUUUGAAGGCCCUGAGCCGAUUGUCGAAGCCGAAGAUUAUCUUCAACCGAAAGCUGCCAGACCGGGACCUAGCAAUGAAGCGUCUGAUGAGCUGCCUACUAAGCUCAAUCGGUAUUGCAAGGAUCCUAUGAAUAAGUCUUCAUCUGGUGGGGAUGACGAGACAGAUUCGAACGCCCGAGAAGUCGGCGUUGGGAAUUUACGUCUCGACUUGCCUGUGGAUGAAGAUGACUAUCUCAUGCCAACUUGUCAGUCUUCCAGUGCGAAUCCUCUUGGCACUGGUCCCGGUGGUUAUAUGGAUUUAAUUGGUGUCCCAGCGAGUGUAGACAAUCCGGAGUAUUUGAUGAAUGGUCAAACGCUAAGUAGUAGCGAUGCGCCGAUACCAACACAAACUAUUGGUAUCCCAGUGGUCAUAAUGCCAAAUGGCACCAGUAAUGGUGGCAUCAUUGAAGGUGAACAAACUAGUUCCGAUCAUGAAUACUAUAAUGACACACAGAGGGAGCUACAACCAUUGCAUCGUAGUGAAACUAGAGUGUGAUAGCUCCAUCUAGACGGGAAAAAAGCCGCAUAACUUCCUUAAAAAAAUUAAGAAGAAACAAAACAAACAUACUUGCCACACGUGUUGUGUAGUUGUCAAACAAAACAAACAAACAAAAAAAAAAACAAA